AUGGCGCAGCUUGAUGCUUUGAAGCCCGUAGAUGGCCUCGAGGCUCAACGCUCGGAGACGCUGGCAUGGCUCACAACAGAGCAUGAAGUGGAGAUGCAGGCUUUCGUGCACCAGCAUCUGCUGAGUAUGCUGAGUCCUUUUUCUCAGCGGCUGAAGGAUCUACAAGACGAGAUCGAGGCAUGCAGAGAUGACUUGAACCGCAAGGCCGAGCAGCUGAAGCACACGGAUACCGUGGUGAAGCAGCAUGGACAAGAGUUGAUGACCUUAACAAUGGACGUGAAUCAGGCGCAUGCAGCUGUUGGAGGCCUGAGGCAGGAGCUCCUGCCGGAGAGAAGCAAAAAGAUUGACGAGCACAAGGUGGAGGACGAGUUUGUAGAGGUGCGACAGAAGCUGAAGCGAUUGCAGACCGACUUGUCGUCCAAUCAAGAGGUGCAGGCCAGAGUUGAUGCUGAACUGCGGGACCUGCAAGCCAUUCAAAGGAAGACCUCGUCCGCAGUGGCGGAGGUUACUGGAGAGCUGCAUGGGCUGCGGGAGUCCAACGACUUUCUCAGCCACUGUUACUCCGGGAUAUCUGGCCGUGUCGAGCAAGCAAAGCGAGUUGCAGACGACACACAGUCGGCUUUCUCAAAGUUUCAGCACACGGCUACAAAUCAGCUGGAGGAUCUCAAGAAAAAUGGCCUGCCACAACUUUCUUCGCGCAUCGAUUCCCUGGAGGCAAAGCAAAGAACGCUGGCAAAAGAAGCGCAAGCUGAUGUCGAAUCACUUGCACAGGUCAAACUUCAAGUGGCACAUCUCACGACAGCUUUGGCAAGCUUGGACGAAUCUGUGCAGGAAGGCCAGAGAGUAGACACAGCGCAGACCAGCCUGGUGCACGAAGAGUCGAUCAAUCGCAGGGGCAAGCUGGAGCGAAUCAACACCAAGGUCGAUGAAACCAAGGCUGAGCUUACGGAGCUGGCCCAGACUUUGCACUCGGACCUCUCAAGGCGCAUUAACGACUUGGCGGUUCUUCUGGAUACCAAGAGCCAUACCAUUCGAAGCAACACUGCCGCCAUCAGAACUGUGGAGAGUGGUCUCAAUGCCCUCGGAAGCGAUGUGCGGUCUUCCACGGCCAAGAUUGGUGAGCAGGCCAUUGUGCAGGAGAGGCUUGUGGAGCAGGCCAGAGUCGCUGAGACGGAGAUCCACAGCCUUUUCGACUUCCGAAAAGAAGCCAUGACCAAGCUGCAGGACGUGUACGUAGUGUUCACGGAUCGCCUUGUCUUCGCCCCCGAGAGCUUCUUCGAGUCUCGGCGGUGGAGGGUGUCAUUGGCUCAGCACGGUGGGUACCAGUUCCCGUUCCCGUGGCCUCCAGGGUCCAGGCAGACGAUCCAAGUCCCCCGGCAAGCCCACAUCAAGUGUGAUGGGCCGAUGUCUGCGGAGAUGCGACGGCAGUUCGCUUCAGGGCUCGCUUUGCGAAAUUUUGCCCAGCCUGUCUUUGUAAAGACGUUCACUCGGCCCAUGGAAGACUCCAAGUCUGAAGGGGUGCUUGAGACGGAAGGAGAGGGGCAGGCUGCGAGAUGCAUGGACGACUGCGCAUCUCUCCGUGGCUUCGAGCUGGGGUCUGCAGUUCUGCGGACUGCGCCGGCGUUGUGGCAGCCGAGGCGAGGCGCAGGUGACUUUCCUUGUCCGGUUGUUUGCUCAGAUGACAACAGCUCCCAUCGUCAAUUUUGUAGAAGAUCCUUCCCGUCGUCAGCUGAGUUGGCCUGA